UGGUUUUUUUCCCUUAUGCAUUUUAUUAAAUUUUUACUAUAAAAGACCUGCACCUCAUCGAUUUGAGUAUAGUUGACUACCAACUGCACUUCAAACAACACUACCAAUAUGAAAUUCUUGAUUGCUUUCGCCGCCGUUUUGGCCGUUGCCGCCGCUGUGUAUGUCCCAUACACUACUGGUGUAGCCACCUACACUCCAUACGCUGCUUAUGGUACCCACCAUCUGUAUAAACGUGGAAUCUACGCUGCUCCAGUUGCUGCCUAUCAUGGUGCCUAUGCCACACCAUACGCUACCUACGGAGCUCAUCACUUGUACAAACGUGGAAUCUACACUCCAUAUGCCACACCAGCUUAUACUUCUUAUGCUGCUUAUGGUACCCAUCAUCUGUACAAGCGUGGAAUCUAUGCCCCAGCUGCCUACCACACCGCUUAUACCACCCCAUACACUUUCGGAGCUCACCAUUUGUACAAGCGUGGAAUCUACACCUCAUAUGCCGCCACCCCUGUUGCCCACACCGCCUAUAACACCCCAUUCGCCGGACACCAUUACUAUUAAAAUGUGAUUGUUAUAUUUUGAACAGUUUUAUGAUGACGACAUGAAUAAAAAAUGAAUAUAUAUUAAAAUUAUGUUUUAUAAUUAUUUUGAAGUCAAUAUUUGCUUUGAAGGUUAAAUUUAGAUUUAGAAAUUAUAUUAAGAUCAAUAUCAAUGUCAAUGUCAACAAGUCAACAACUUGUAUUGCAAGCUACGAAACAGUUAGAAACAACUUAACGAAUACGAAGUUUUUUUUUUUGGUGUACGAGUAGUUUUAUCGGAUUGAAUAAUCUCAAUCUUAAAACGUUAAAAAUCGAAAGUUGUUUUAUGUUUUAUGUUUGAUGUUUUAGUGUUUAGCAUUAACACUGGGUAACUGUGUUAUUAUCCUAAUAUGCCAUAAAUUAACAUAAAUAAUAAACAAAUAAAAAUGCUAA